AUUCUUUUCUACCACCGUCGUGAUCCAUACUACGAAUUUACGAACUUCGCCCCAUGGGACAUUCGCUGGCGCGAUGGUAACACAUACCCGACCGCAGAGCACCUGUUCCAAGCGCACAAGUUCAUGAUCACCCGACCAGACUUGGCCGACCGGAUCCGCGGCCUCCCGAGCCCACGCGCCGCACUCGAUGAAGCGGGCCGCCUGCGUAGGCUACAACGCACAGACUGGUUUGACGUCAAUAUCAGUGUCAUGGACGCGAUUCUCGAGGCGAAGUUCACGCAGCAUCCGGAACUGAGAGACAUGCUCCUCGGCACGGGGGAGAGCAAACUUAUCGAGGACAGUCCGGUCGACUCCUUUUGGGGCUGGGGCCAUGAUGGUCGGGGACGAAAUGAGCUCGGAAAGGCUCUCAUGCGAUUGCGC